AUGACUCGGGCUACAGUGACAACUACUCUUAACUAUCAUAUUCCCAAUGGAUGUACCGAGAUCAACCUCGGAACAGCCGAAAUGAUGCGGCUCGAACCUGAUACUCACCAGGUCGAGAUUGAAGAUAUCCGUGGCCAUGAGAGCGAAUUUAACCUAGAUACACAUGGAUUUGCCUUAUACUCUCACGUCAGCAAAUACAUCCCCCCAGAAGACGAAUCCAUCAUCAGGAACGAAAUAUACGCUGAGACAGCAGAGAUGCUUAAGGAGAUAACGGGUGCUACGCGUGUUCACGUAUUCUCGCAUCUACUCCGCCGCGCCGAUUCCAAAGACAUGGCAAAAUGGGCCGCAUCUACCACAUCUAAACGUGUUGCGGACGCCGUGCCACCCGCCAGGGUCGUUCACAUCGACCAGUCCGAGUCCGGGGCUCACACCAUUCUCCGUCAAAACCUCGGUGAAGAGGCUGACCGGCUUCAGAAGACCCGCUGGGCUUUGAUCAAUGUGUGGAGGCCUCUGGAACCUAUCCGACGGGACCCCCUUGCGCUCUGUGAUGCGCGUACCGCCGAUGACAAAGACCUUGUGUGUCUUGUUGCUCGUCUGCCGGCAGAGCCAACUGGGGACAACAAGUAUAACGACCUUACGAAGGGACGAGCUUUUGACAUGUACCGUGUGUUGUACUCGGAGCACCAUAGAUGGUAUUAUGCCUCGGAUAUGGUGCCUGAGGAGGUUCUGUUGCUGAAGAUAUUUGACUCGAAGGAUGAUGUGGCAAAGCGGACGCCCCACUCGGCAUUUGAGGAUCCGUCUUUGGACCCUACAGGGGGAACGCGGAAGAGUAUGGAGAUCCGGUGUCUGGUGUUCUGGGAGGACACUGAAGCCUAG